AUGGGCGUCCUCGAUCUAGAGCGUUUCAGCCGCGCGCUACGCCUCCACUGGUUGUGGUUCCAGCGCACCCAGCCUGAGAGGCCCUGGGCUGGCCUCCCGGUCCCCUGCGACGACUCGGACCGCGAGUUGUUUGCCAUGGCUACCUCCGUGGACAUUGGGGAUGGUGCCUCCGCUAGUUUCUGGCACGACUCCUGGCUCUUCGGGGCAUCCCCUAGGUCCUUGGCCCCAGCCCUAUACGGCCUCUCGCGUCGCAAACAUCGUUGCGUGCGUGAUGCCCUGCGAAAUGGGAUCUGGGUGCAGGACCUGCGCGCGCGUGUCUCCCCGCCUCUUCUGGAGUCAUUCGUGGCUCUUCGCGCGCUGCUGGAACUGGCGCAGCUCUCCCUGGGGAUGCGCGACAAGUUCACCUGGCGCUUCUCCAGCGACAGUGUCUACUCGGCCUCCUCCGCUUACCGUCUCCAGUUUGCGGGUGCGGUGGAGUCACCCUUUGUCCAGCUCAUCUGGAAGCCUUGGGCUACUCCUAGAUGUCGGCUCUUCGCCUGGUUGCUCGCUCAGAACCGGCUGAUGACAGCUGAUAGACUUCUGGCGCGACAAUGGCCAAAUGGCUACUUCUGCCCACUUUGCAUGCGUAACCUUGAGACUACCGCACACUUGUUCGUCGAGUGCCCCCUAACGCGCAGGAUUUGGGAGAAGGUUGCCACGCUUGCGGCGGCGCCAACCCUGAACCCUGCCACCUGGGACGUGCACCACAGGGUCGUCGACUAG